GAGAGGGGACCCUUAAUCUCGACAUCAAGCAUCCUUAAAGCGUUUCCCCCACACGUGUCAAUCCAUCAACCCAUUCGACCCCAUCCAGCCUCGCCACCUCCCUGAUUUCACCAGAGUUGAAGGUGGAGGUGCUUAUCCGGGGCGCGAGGGGUUAAGGCGGACUAGCUUAGCAUCUCGCUGGUUUCGGACGCCGAUGUCGCGUUUAUCGGGAAGCUGGCUGACUCGACUCGACGCACCAAAAUAUUCGGCAGUCUUGUGCAGAAGGAAUAGGCGCAUCAUCCACGCAGAUCACGACCGGUGGUGAUGGUAACUCGCAUCUCGGAGACCGCCAGACCUGUCGGCGUCUAACAAGGGAAGUUGUACGAUCCAAGAUGGGCUUCCUUUGGAUGUCACAUUGAGACCUAGAUAUGUGAUUUAUCGACUUACAUUUGCCGGAUGCAAAGAAUAAUUAAUACGUAUAAUUUUGAAGAUAUAUCAGCUUUGAAAACCUCAUUUUUACUUGGGAGCCUGCAUUAGAAAGUUGGUGGGGGACAAUGUACCCAUACAGCGAAGUUACAUCUGAUAGCUAUUCGAUGUCUAUGAGCGAAAGCAACGGUCAUUCAUGCGCCUACGCGUCGGCGCACUGCCGAGGACGAAACGACCAGGACUCCGAACGCAGCGACACGCUGAUCAUCAGUUCGAACAACGCUUCCAUCGAUAACGGCUACGGUCACCAUCACCACCACCACCACCGACACUCGCACGUCCUGGCCCCCGUGUGCAGCUCGGAGCACGGCGAGCGACGAUGCUUGCUGUGGGCGUGUUCGGCCUGCAAAAAGAAGAAGAAAUCGAGCCUGUUCGACAAGCGGCGGGCGGCGACCCAACGGGAGAGGCGGCGGCUGUGUAAGGUGAACGCCGCGUUCGAAAUCCUCAAGCAACGGACUUGCUCGAAUCCGGAGCAACGGAUGCCCAAAGUGACUAUUUUGAGGAAUGCUAUCCAAUAUAUUGAACGAUUACAAUUGAUGCUACACGAAGCUGACGAUCAGGAGGCGUAUUUGAGUUCCUAUGGUGGCAUGGAUUGCCGAGAUAUUGAUUUAUGCGAUGAGAUAAGGCAUGGAGGAAACAUUAUGAAUGGCGGAAAUCAUACUAGUCUUGGACAUGAGUCUAGUUGCAGGAGAGUUAAAAUUGAAGAACGAGUAUCAAGCUUGGACCACCUUUCUUUGAUGGUAGAAAAUAUCAACACACCUUGUACUUUUCCUGGGGGCAGGGAAUGUCGGGAUAAAGACAAGGGCGCCACCUAGAAAGAAGUUCAAAAUUUCGCAUAAAGACAAAUUACGUAUCACCGCCUCUCUGAUUGGACUUCGUACCCAACACGUGACGUUGCCUGAUAGAUUCAAAUUGGCGAUCGCUCCUAAGGACAAGGGCGCCACCUACGAUGUAUAUUAAGAUACCACUCGGAACUGACUUGUUUUAUCAUCAUGGGCUAUUCGAUCGGAUAUCUUUACAAAAAAUGUUGUUUCUAUUUCUUAAUGAGCAAAUCAGAAUUCGCACCAAACAUUCUUCAAUAUUUCUGUUGAACAUCAUUAUCUCUGAUGAGUAGUCGGGAGUGCAGAUGUGACAGAGGAGCGACAUGGUCAGCAUUGACGUGUAUUCUAUGUAUCUGUGAAUUUAGAUGAAAAGGGAACUCACAAACUGCCCCGCCGUAGUUUGAUUGUUUAAAAUGGAUAUUCGCUCAUCAUUGUAUUUGACGUGAUGUGAUUAGAAGAAGGUGGACCAAAUUAUACAUCGUUCUACGGAAAAAUCUUAAACUAAAAAUGUAUCUUAAAUAAUACAAAAUAACAUUUUUUUCAUGAAAGGUCAUUAUUACAACGAUUUUGUACUGUAAAUAAAGAGAUGAAUCGUGUGUCAUGUCGAGUGUACAUACAAAAUGAUGCAAAAUUUUAAGAAAUGGUUUCUGACAAAUUAAGUAGUGACAAUUCCACACUCCGGGUAUGUUUUAGACUCUUGAAAUCACAAAAAUGAUUUUAAAAAAAUCAUAAAUCUGGCAGGAUUCUGACGCAUUGCCGCAUUAUACGUGAACGAGACCAUCUAAUGUAAAUCGAUGUAUAAAGAGGUUUUCUACAUACCCAACGACGAGCAACAGUGUCUCGUUAAUUAGCCAAAAAAAAUGAUGUGUUAAAAUGAAUUUGUAUCUUAACGACGCGUUCGUUUGAAUUUUUUUCUUUUUCUUUUUUUUUGCAAAAUAUAAGUUGUUAUCAUUGACAUGCCAUUUCUGCUCUUGGCUACUGUGAUGUUUCGAUUUGUGAUCGUAACAACUAAAAUAUCCUCGACACACUUUAUUUCGAGCUUGAUUGUCAAUGUUGCUUUUGAUUGCAUUGGGUCACUCUGUAUGGCCCGUAAUACGGUAAAAUGUCAACACGGAUGCCUUUAAGUAUAAGAUUGAGAAACAUAAAUUAUGCA